AUGGCCUCUUCCAAGGAGAUGCAAACAUCUACGAGACCAUUGACCCAACACCGGCAGUCCAUUUCCACGGCCCCGACGACGUCCUCCUUGUCCGCCGCCCGACAGUCGUCCCACUCGCGUAACAACUCGCACUCCGCUUUGUCCGUCGCCCAUAAUGCCACCCACCGCGUAACACGCCGCAAGAGCAUGACCAACACUACCGCCAAUAUUGCCGCCGUCGCCGCUGCCCUCCAGGAGGCCGGCGACCAGGUUACUGCUCUGCCCAUCGCCGUCAGCUCCCGUCGUGGUACCAUGUCCAAGUCGGCCGGCGCCCGGUCCGCCAUCGUGGGCAGCCUGCCAUCCCCGCCUGCCAGCUUGCCAACACACAGAUUUGCGAUGCACCCGAAACCGGUGGGCCAGGAGAGCGCGAUCGACGACUCCUCCAAUGACAUGUCAGCCGAUGAAGGCGAGGGUGGGCUUCAAAAGGCUCGGGUUCGACGGGCUAGUGACGGCCAACCCCUGACCAAGGAUGGCAAGAAGAGCAACCGUGCCGAACUGCGCUGUGAUAAGUGUGGCAAAGGAUACAAGCAUAGCAGCUGCUUGACCAAGCAUUUGUGGGAACAUACUCCCGAGUGGUCCUACACGUCCAAGUUACUUAUAUCCAAGCACCAACAAGUACAGCUGCUGGAAGCGGCCUCGGUUCUUGUGACCAUGAACAUCCACGAGGACGGCACUCAAGACUCGACCACGCCGCCAGACUCGACCAAAGACUUUGGCAGCGAAGGGGAGUCGGCGUCCCCGGCCGCUUCGGGCUUUUCGGAGUACCAAGGUGGACGCAGCUCGGUUGAUACGACCCCGCCGCCGCAGGUCGAGGGCUUUGCUGUCGGUGCUCCAGCCUACCGAGAUGCACCGAAACGGUACAGUGGUAGUAGUUACUCACGAUCAUACCAAUCGGCGGCCUCGGGCUCGUUCUUUCCCACCAGCGUACCGAGCAGACCCGGACUUGGCCACAACCGCCACAGUAGCUCAGACCGCCGCCCCCCAUCGUCUGGAGUAAACAGCAGUGGCCAGGAGGACCGUGACCUUGCUGCAGCGGUCGAGCUGCUUAGCUGCAGCUUCGGCAGCAACGGGGGGACGCGAGACUCUCGUCUACCGGACGACGCACCCCCCGUCCCACCGUUGCCCGCCCAAUACCUUGACCAAGCAGCCUUUGCCAGCACUAGCUUCAUCAACAGCUUCCCAACCCGUCAGAUGCCGGAGAGCUUCACCCGCGGGGAGUCCCGUCACUCGGAAGACGUGAAGAUGGAAGACAGCGAUGGCAGCAUGGUGGACGAAGAGGAGGAGUUCCGACGCUCGAGGGUGCGAAGCAGCGAGGAAGACGACGAUAUGAUGUUCGGUCGCAUGGAGGAAUGA